AAAAGUUUAUUUGAAGCUAAUAUGAAGCUUCAGUCGUCAGAUCAAUCAAAUCGAAUAGAUAUCUUUCAACGUUAUGGUCUGUUAUCUACGUUUAUGCUAAAAGAUUUUUCCAAUAAAAAUCUGGAAUGAGUUAUGAAUAUGUCAUAUUUUUAUAACUUGAGAUUCAAAUGCAUUUCAAAACUUGAAGACAAUACGAUUUAUAAUUUUGGAGGUAAAAAAAAUUGAAAUAGUCGGUAGCACCUAAGCUUUGGAAUAGUCUCCCAAUAAGUCUGAGGUCUCUGGACUCUGUGGACUCUGUUCAGACAGGCAUUUAGGUAGCAUGUGGUAUUUUAUGGUUUAACUUGUGUUUUAUGUCUGUUCUAUCUUUUGUUUAUCUUUGUUUUAUUUAUUUGACUGUGAAGCCCUUUGUGACAGGUGUCUGUGAAAGGUGUUAUAUAAAUGAACUUUACUGACUUAUUUAAUUACUUGAUUUCAAUGAUGAAAAAUGUCAUCACUCAAGCUUGUCAAGUUCAAAGGAUUAUAGGAAAGCAGGAUUUUUGCAGCCCAUUUCUUCAAAAUGUAAGAUGUGGUUUGACCUGUUGUCUAACUUGUUUUGUUGUACUCUUGCCAUGCGCAGUAUCAAGAACUACUCCCUGUUUGAUAAUAAUAACACACGCUAUUUCCUUAACAUGACCUGUAUAAAAGUGCUCUUACCUGCAGACUUGACAGUGUCACUGCAUCCUCAGCUGACACACUCCUCAUCUCCAUCCUACUUGAGGGAUUCACACCGUAUUUGAGAAACCCAGCUGAGGCCUGAACAGUGUCUCCUUGACUCCAACCAUGCUCUCCUUUUCAACACUACCUCCUCUCUGCCUGAGCCUCCUCCUCUUUCUCUUGUAUCCCUCCUCUGUCCUCUCCUGUCAGACUGGGACCCGCAGCCAGUGUAUGUCCGCUCCCUUUGUGCCAGGCCACAACCUGGUGGGAGAGGGCUUUGAUGUGGUCACCCUGCAGCGAAAAGGAGCCUACAUGGUUGAUGUGAAGACCUACCUCUCUCCAAAUGGAACUUGUACUCUCUGCUCCAACCCCCUUCAAGGCAACAAGCUGCAGAAACUGCCAGUCUCUGCAGUGGACUGGCGCCCAUUCAGCCGCUGCAAUUUUCAUCUGUAUGGAAGUGAACACACCUCCAUCAGCUCACUGCUUAAAACAUACACCAACCAGGACAGCGUGGACUGGAAGUCUGGACUAGAUUUGACGAAGUAUGUCAGCCUGGAGGUGGGGGGAACACGUUCCACUGCGUAUAACUUUGCUACAGCCAGGAGCAAAGAGGACCGCUACAGCUUCAGCAUACACAGGACCACAUGUAGCCAUUACAGUUACCGUGUGUCAAGCAGACCACCCCUCAGCUCCGAGUUCCGCAAUGAUUUGGCAAGACUGCCCAAUUACUACAGCUCCUCAACCAGGGCCCAGUACAGUCGUCUCAUAGGGAUCUAUGGAACACAUUAUAUCCGCCGGGUUUAUCUUGGGGGGAGAUUCAGGCGAGUCACAGCUACACGUACCUGUUUGUCCAGACUGAAUGGCCUCUCCUCAAAACAGGCGCACAACUGCUUAUCAGCAGGUCUCAAUGUAGGCCUUGGGAUCAAACUGCCUGUUAACCUGAGGUCCUGCAACACAAUCCUACAGAACCAGGAUGUCUCCACCUCAUACAGUUCUGGUCUCCACCAACAUUACACAGAGGUGUUGGGAGGCACCGGUUGGGUGGGUGAGUUUUCUCUCAGCCGUAACGACUCCCUGGGCUACAAAAAUUGGCUGAAAACCCUCAAAGACCGCCCUGAUGUUGUCCGGUAUUCCCUAAGACCAAUGUAUGAGUUGGUGCCAAACGGGACAAAAAGGAAUGGACUGAAGGCUGCCACAGAGCAGUACUUAGAAGACAACGCAGUGCCUAACUCACCCAAAGAACCAUAUUGUGGGUGGCGCAUUCCCAACCUGGCUCCCGACUGCUGUCCUCAACAGGCCUGGAAAGGAACACUGGCGGUGACCAUCGUCCGAGCCUGGGGUCUGAAAGGAGAUUAUUGGGGCCAGACUGAGGGGUAUGCCACAAUGCAGUACGGCUCCAUCUACCACAAAACCCAUGUGAUCAGGUCAAACUACCCUCGCUGGAAUGAGCGAUAUGAUCUGGGCAAGGUGGACACACACUUGCAACUGAAGAUCAAGGUCUGGGAUGAGGACUGGUACUGGGACGACCUCCUGGGAUCAUGUGAGAGGGAGCUGAGCCAGGGGACACACAGAUUCACCUGCUCAGCCAGUAGAGGUGGCGUCGAGAUCCGGUACACUCUGACCUGCAACCGUCACCUGACCGGAAACAGGUGUAACCAGUACAAACCAAUUCCAUUGUGAGAAAUGCAUUGGGUGGCAUAUUCUAUGCAAAUCUUGCUGGUUUUUCUUUAAUCAAGUGUGAUAUCAGAUAUUUACAUUACUUUCUUUAAAUGCAAUAAAUUAGACGGGUCUACGGUAUUCUCAUUCACAGGUUAUAAGUAAACUAUUCAGUUUCUAUUUUACAUUAGAGGUAUAAGUGCAUUUACAUGUACAUUAGAAGUGUUUGGCUUAUAAAUGGAUAAUUAGCAUUGUAUGUGUUACUCAAUUGAAUGUAUGAAACCAUUAAAAAAACUUUGGGAGGGAUAAUAUUCCUUAGUAGUUUUAAAUUUUGGUGCUGGGGUCACAUUUAAAUCACAGACUGUGCAUUCGUUAUAUACAGUCAGUAACUGUUGAUUAUUUUCUGAAUUCAUGUGUCAAAAUUGUUGUGAGUACCAUUAGAGAUACAUGUUUGUAUGACUUUCUCAUGCUAAUAAAGGCUGUCAAAUCAUG